GCCUUCGCGGGCCCAAUGGAGCCUCUCCUGCAGCAGCUGGAGCGCUUUUCCGAGGUCCUGUCCGUGUCUGGCACUGCCCACGUCAGCACCUGGGGCCCCGAGACGGUGCGCCGGGCCCUGGACUGGGCUCGCUACCUGCGCCACGUGGCCCGGCGCUUCGGCGGCCACGCCCGCAUCCGCAGCGCGGUGGAAAGGCGGCUGCGCAGCCUUUGGGGACCGGAGGGCCGGGGCCUAACGAGCUUUCAGGCCCUCGGGCGCGGGGACGUCCAGCUGUUCCUCAGCCUGCUGCGGAACCGGGCGCUGGGCGAGGCGGCCGGCCGCGCCCUGCUCCUGCAGCUCUUGCCGGGCGCCGGCCCCCGGGACGCCGACGCGGAGGAGCUACAGGCCCGCCUGGCCCGCCUGGCCCGCUACCGCGCCGCGCUCCUGCUGCUGCGAGAGGCGGGCAGCCCGGGCGGAGAGCGCCCGGCCCUGGCCGAGGACCCCGUGCUGCUGACACAGGCGCAGCUGCUGCUCGGGCGGCUGCGGGAAGCCCGGGAGGCCGAGGCGGGGGACCCCGGCGGGUGGCUCGGCCGCGUGUGGACGCGCGCGCCGCGGGACCACUUCCUGCAGGUCGCGGCCGUGGCGCUGCUGCAGCCCCUGGAAAAGGAGCUGGGAGCGAGCGGUCCGGAGACACCUGGAGAGGAGAGUCAGCUGCUAGUCCGGUGGCUUCUGGAGCAGUCGGAGGUCCUGGCUGCCUUCUGCCGCCACCUCCCAGCCGAGCUGUUGACUUCGGUGGCGGGUCGCCAUCCUGCGCUCUCUCGCGCCUACCUGGGCCUCCUGACAGACUGGGGGGCCCGGCUGCACUAUGACCUUCAGAAAGGCACCUGGGUUGGAGCCGAGUCCCAAGACGUCCCUUGGGAGGAGCUGCUCCUCAAGUUUCGGAGCCUCUGGCACGCCCCUCCCCCGCUGCAGGAAGAAGUUCUGGCGGCCUUGGAGUCCAGCAGGGCGCGGGGCGGAGACUUCGAAGUCCCGGGCCUUAGCGUCUGGACGGACCUGUUGUUGGCCCUACGGAGAGGUGAACGAUAAUUGCUUUUGGGAGGAGACAAGUUUGAGGUCCCAGCUCAAGCUCCAGUUCUCCUUGGACCAUGUUCUGUUCAUGUUCUAUUCUACUUGAAUAUGUAGUUUACAAAACGAAAAUUGCAGUGUUCUCUCCAACUCGCCUAUAGCGCCUCAGUCCAAAAUGCAAUUAUGAUGCUAAAUUUAAAGGGCUUAUACAAUUAUAAAUUUGCAAAUUUUAUUAAAUUAUUUAGUUUUUUUAGGUUUUUUUUUUUUUUCCUUCUUUGAGACAGGUUCUCGAUAUGUAUUCCAGGUUGAUCUCACUAUGUAGUCCAAGCUGGCCUCGAAUUUGUGGCAAUUCUCCUGCCUCAGCCUCCUGAAUGCUGGGAUUACAGGUGUGCAUCGCCAUCCCCUGCUAAAUUUCCAAAUUAGUUGGCUUGAAAAGCCAGGGAUUUUCUGGAGGAAGUUGGAAGAAUUCUUAAAGCCAUGCAUUGGUAAUAAUUUGUUUGUUAGAAGCUUUUCAACAAUGCUGAAAAUAUAGGUACUUUUUAAAGAAGCAGCAGCUUUAAAAUAGCAAACAUUCCUUUUUAAUCAGUAUGGUUUGAUCUUUUAGCUUAUGUCUUAUUUUUGUUUGUUGCUCCCUCUUGGUAGUACCCAGUUUUCAUUAGCAACAUGUGGUGUCAUAAAUGUCAAUUUGGAAAGCUAAUUAGACUAUUUGGAAUUUAAACCUGGACUUUGGCCUUAUUAACCUAAUGUUCUAACAAGUUAACCAACCUCAAUAGGAAUUAAAAUUGCAUUACUCAAAAAUUGUUUCCCAUUUCUGCAAAUGACUACUCUGAAAGACCACAUUGUACGCCCAUUUAAACCAUUGAUUUCAAUACACAUAAUGUUUAAAGUUUAGUAAAUGCAAACAUGUAUGUGCCUUUGGAUAUUAAUUUGGAUUUGAUGACAAAAGAAUCAAAAUAAAGUUUUGAAUUACCCAGUUA